GCAAAUUCGAGUUCGUUGUCAAUGCAUUUGUAAGGGACGUCAUUUGAUUCUUUAGAUAAAAGACUUGGAAUGUGUUUGAGUGAUAGAGAUCCUGAUGAGUGGCUUCGUGUUUGCUCUCGUAAAACAAAACGUAAACACAAGGCUACACGACCAGUGAAACGUCCUGCUAUUCAGAAACCUAAUAUUCCUUUAGAUUACAUAGAUGAUGACAGCCUGGAGACGGUUUUAGGUAGAUUUGAUGGUAUCCGGUCUAGUUUACUUCUUUCGAAGCCAGACAAAACUUUCCUGGAAGGCUUAUUAAAGUCUAUCAAUCAGGCGUUCACAAUUAUAUCAAAUAAACAGACUGAGCCAAGUAGGAUUGAUGUGAUUUGUUUAGGAUUGGGUAACCCGGCUGUCCAUCAUGCCAGUUUACGUCAGUUAGUUGUACUAGAUCUUCUGUUGCAGUUUGAUCCACGUAUGGAGCGAUCACGUACUCACCUGUAUGAUCCUGUUUUCAAAUCUGUUGCUCGUGCUUUAAUAAGAAAGCUUGGAAUGCAUAUUCUACCGAACAAUAAAGAAGGUUGUUAUAAAUUAUCACCUGAUCGAUUUUACUUCGUUAUGCUACCACAUUGCGCUCCAGCUCUUCUAAAUAAUUUACUGUUUACUAAUUGGUCGCCUAGUAUACUUUCCCGUGUGGUACUGUUCUCUAAUGGAUGGAAAGAGGCUCGCCACGAGUUAAUUGCUUCAGGUGCUUCAGAUGGUCUGAAGAUUGCUAAGGAACUAGCUUAUAUUACUGCUUUGGAAUCAGUGGUUCACAGUCCUGGCAAAGAACAUUAUCUACUUUGGUCUUCAAGAAAUAAACUCAGGGAAUACAGAGAUUUUGAGGGUAUGCGUGUGCAAUGUUUUUCUCCUGUUGAAAUGGAUAGUUUACCAAAGAAUGUAUGGAAUAUACCUCCUUAUUCUGAAAAAACAGAUAAAGAAAUAUCCUGUUCUAGUAAAUUAACACAAAAUAGUGGGAUUUUUUCCGAUAUAAUUGAUGCUAAUGUUGUACCAAAUUUUAUCGAUUCCAACACUGAUGGCUAA